GACUACACCUCCCGGCGGUCCCCGCGCUCCGCUUCCCGCCGCUUCCCGCCCGCCAUGGCGCGGUUCGAACCCGCGGCGCUGCCCGAGCUGCUCCCGGUCUUCUACCGGCGCCUCUUCCCGCACGGAGCCUACGGCCGCUGGCUCGGCUACGGCGGCGUGGUGAAGAACUACUUCCAGCUGCGGGAGUUCUCCUUCACGCUGCGGGACGAUGUCUACGUGCGCUUCCAGUCCUUCGGCAGCCCCCAGGAGCUGGAGCGGGAGCUGCAGAAAACCAACCCCUACAAGAUCGACAUCGGCGCCGUUUACUCCCACCGGCCCAACCAGCACAACACGGUGCACCUGGGAGCCUUCCAGCCGCAGGAGAAGGAGCUGGUCUUUGAUAUCGACAUGACGGACUACGACGACGUCCGGACGUGCUGCAGCUCCGCCGAUAUCUGCUCCAAGUGCUGGACCCUGAUGACCAUCGCCGUCCGCAUCAUCGACCGUGCACUCGUGGAGGACCUGGGGCUGAAGCAUCGCCUGUGGGUGUACUCGGGCCGGAGGGGUGUCCACUGCUGGGUGUGCGAUGAUGCCGUGCGCAAGUGGUCCCCAGCGCUGCGGGCGGCCACUGUGGAGUACCUGACCCUGGUGAAGGGUGGAGCAGAGACCGUGAAGAAGGUGAAUCUGUCCGAGCCCAUCCACCCCUUCAUCAGGCGCUCGGUCGCUGUGGUGGAGAAGUACUUUGAGAGCUACGCACUGGUGGGGCAGGAUAUCCUGGGCAGCCCGGAGAGCUGGGACAAGGUGCUGGCCCUCAUCCCGGAGGAUAUCCGCGAGGCGCUGCGGGCUGAGUUCCCCAAGAAGCGGGACUCGGUGCAGCGCUGGGAGCUGCUCAAGGGCCACAUGGAGCGGACACGGAAGCAGGCAGCGGCCGGGAAGGGCACCUCGUGCUUCGCGGACUGGGAGGUGAUGCUGCAGUUCUGCUUCCCCCGCCUCGACAUCAACGUCAGCAAAGGGGUCGGGCACCUCCUGAAGAGCCCCUUCAGCGUCCACCCCAAAACAGGUCGCAUUUCGGUACCCCUGGACCUGCAGAAGCUCGACCAGUUCGACCCCUUCACCGUCCCCACCAUCAGCUCCCUGUGCCACGAGCUGGAUGCGGCCGGUGCCGACGGGGAGCAGGAGGAUGGAGCGGAGACAGAGCCCAAGCGGCGCGCGCGGGACUACAAGAGGACGAGCCUGGCGCCUUACGUGCGGCUCUUCGAGCACUUCGUGGAGGACAUGGAGCGAGCGCGGAGGGGGGAGAUGCGGAGGAGGAGCGACCUGCAAGGAGACUUCUGAGGCCUCUGCCAUCCUCCCCUCCGGUGCCCGGAG